ACUCAAGUUCAAGUUAGUAAGUUAGUUUGGCUGCGAAUCAGUUUCAGUUUUCAGUUUAGUGAGAAUGGAAAUUUUGAUUUAUUUGUGAUGAUACCUUAGUUAUUAAAAUGUUAAUUAAGUACAUAAACUAACUAAAUUGUUUGCCAAGUUCCAAGGUAUUGUAGGCCUACCUAGGUAGCUGCUGGAGGUAAAGGAAUAUUAAAUAGACUAGGCCUAGGCCCUAGCUGAGUGUCGAGGGAAAAUGGAUGCCGAUGCAGCAAAUGCAAACGAGCUAGACGAGCUGUCAGCUCUACUUGAUUCUGGAAUAGAAAAUAACUCUGCCAGCUCAACACAGAAUCUUCCAGUCAGAGAUAAUGAUCGUGUAGUUUCCUAUGACAUUGACAUAUUUAAGGAUGCAGAAUCACAUAAUACACUUUCUACUAACUUACCGGUACCUUCUUUGAGUGAACUUUUCAAGAAAGAAAAAAAUGGUAAAAAACAAUCUGAAAGAAGCGAGAUUCAUGAUGGCGAUACAGACUCUUCAGAUGAUGAAGACAAUAAAUAUUUCUCUGACCAAAAGUACUCUGAUUGUGGUCGCAACAUCAAACAAUUAAUGACAAAAAGUAGGCCAACCACUGAAGUAGAGCCCACAAAGAACACCUCGUGGAAGUCCAAUAAACCUUUGUUGGCACCAAGUCUUCCUCUAAUUCCCUCUCCCUCCACGUCAGGACAUAAAUCAAGUGGAGAUGUUUACACGGAUCCUUACUUUGGUAUUCGUAUAAUCACUCCUCUUAUAUCAUCCCAGACUUUAAGAGAAAAAAUGCAAGGGAAGACAGCAGUGACCUUUAAUAGACUAGAAAAUCACAUUGCCAACAAUGAUAAGACAAGUGAUUGGGUCAUUGCCGGUGUCAUUGUUUCAAAAACAAUCAAGACAUCCCAAAAGGGGAAGACAUAUCUAAGCUGGUCUCUCUCUGACCUUAAAGAAGAUGUUAAAACAGUGAAUGUGCUCCUGUUUGGAAAAGCUUACCAAGCACUAUGGAAGACAAACACUCAUGUUGUAGUAGCCAUUCUGAAUCCAUCUCCUCUGGAAAACAGGGGACCAUCAAAUCAGAUUGCAUCUCUGUCUGUGUCUAACGCGGACCAAGUCAUGGUUUGGGGUCAAUCAAAGGACAUGGGUACAUGUCGAGCAAGGAAGAAGAAUGGUGAAUCUUGCACUAUGAUAGUCAAUCUAAGCAAGUGUGAUUAUUGCGUGUACCACGUAAAGCAAGAAUACAGUAAAUUUUCCAGGAGAUCUGAAUUGCAAGCUCCAUCCGGAGGUAGUUUAUCUCAACUAAAGAACAAAGUGCUUGGAAAAAAUGAGGUUUUCUACGCUGGCCGGAGUUUUUCCGCCUCAGUUGGUAAGCCAACAAUGAAGCAAGUGGCUAAAGAUCAAAGACGUUUGACACAAUUGUUUAAUCAAGGUCAAAAACAGUUUGGCCAAACAAGACAAGUUGUAGAAGUGAAAAAACCCUCACAGUCUGCCCGUGUGCAACUGAUGAAAGACGCAGAGCGCUUGCAGAAACUAACAGGGGCCCCAGCUACUUUGGCUUCUCUUGGUCAAGGGAACAAGAAUAUAACUGAUGCCCAGUCACAUACAAAUAAAGCUGAUGACAAGGUAGUACCCCUGGAACUACCAAAUCCAAAAGAAAACAUGAAAAGUAAAAAACCAUCCAAGAAAGGGAGAUUUGAUAAUUUGGUCCAAACUAAAACUUCUAGUAAAGCUCCAGCUUUCAGAAACAUCCUUUCAAAAGGUAGUAAAACGUCAAGCAAUACAAGUAAAGAUUAUGAGUUGUCAAUUUCUCAGUUAAAAGACAACGAAUCAGACGAUGACUGGGAAGCAGAGUGGGGCUUAAAAAAAUUAGGUAGUCAUUCUGAUGAAAAACACAAUGUCAGUGGAAAUAAAAACACACCUUUAGCCGUUGAUAUAAUUCCCAAACUCACAGACAGUGUUUCUGAAAAAACACAAAAUAGAAAGAUCGCAGUCACAAGAGGAAUCAAAACUUUGUGUCAACAAAAAUCAACUCCUAAAGACAGUAAAGCUAAAGGGACUGUGAGAGAAGAUGACGAUGACUGGGAAGCAGAGUGGGGCUUAAAAAAAUUAGGUAGUCAUUCUGAUGAAAAACACAAUGUUAGUGUAAAUAAAAACACACCUUUAGCCAUUGAUAUAAUUCCCAAACUCACAGACAGUGUUUCUGAAAAAACACCAAAUACAAAGAUCGCAGUCACAAGAGAAAUGAAAACUUUGUGUCAACAAAAAUCAACUCCUAAAGACUGUAAACCUAAAGGGACUGUGAGAGAAGACGACGAUGACUGGGAAGCAGAGUGGGGCUUAAAAAAAUUAGGUAGUCAUUCUGAUAAAAAACACAAUGUUAGUGUAAAUAAAAACACACCUUUAGCUGUUGAUAUAAUUCCCAAACUCACAGACAGUGUUUCUGAAAAAACACAAAAUAGAAAGGACGCAGAAACAAGAGGAAUCAAAACUUUGUGUCAACAAAAAUCAACUCCUAAAGACAGUAAAGCUAAAGGGACUGCGAGAGAAGAUGACGAUGACUGGGAAGCAGAGUGGGGCUUAAAAAAAUUAGGUAGUCAUUCUGAUGAAAAACACAAUGUUAGUGUAAAUAAAAACACACCUUUAGCCGUUGAUAUAAUUCCCAAACUCACAGACAGUGUUUCUGAAAAAACACCAAAUAGAAAGAUUGCAGUCACAAAAGAAAUGAAAACUUUGUGUCAACAAAAAUCAACUCCUAAAGACUGUAAACCUAAAGGGACUGUGAGAGAAGACGACGAUGACUGGGAAGCAGAGUGGGGCUUAAAAAAAUUAGGUAGUCAUUCUGAUGAAAAACACAAUGUUAGUGUAAAUAAAAACACACCUUUAGCCGUUGAUAUAAUUCCCAAACUCACAGACAGUGUUUCUGAAAAAACACCAAAUAGAAAGAACUCAGAAACAAGAGAAAUACAAAAUUUGUGUCAACAAAAAUCAACUCCUAAAGACUGUAAACCUAAAGGGACUGUGAGAGAAGACGACGAUGACUGGGAAGCAGAGUGGGGCUUAAAAAAAUUAGGUAGUCAUUCUGAUGAAAAACACAAUGUCAGUGGAAAUAAAAACACACCUUUAGUCGUUGAUAUAAUUCCCAAACUCACAGAAGAAGACAAAAUAUUAGAAGAAACUUGGGGAAUGCAUUGGGGCCCUACAACAGGGCAAAGGUCCUCAGCUGCAAAGAAAAAAGCUCUGGCCUAUGUGAAAAGAAAGGGACCAAUUAGCAAUGACCAGAAAGCAAGCGAAAAGAAAAGAAAACGGACAGAAUUAGAGGACACUACACACACUGAGGAUGGAAAAUCCAAGCUCUCCAGAAGAUUUUUGGAGCUUAUGAAUACAUCCUCUAAACACACUUCCUUGGCUGAGCAAGCUGAGGAAAGUGAUGUCCAAGAAUACUUCCAAAAAAUGGAGAAGAAGGAGGCACUUGAGGAAAAAAUGCUGACAACCUUUAAAAUCGAUUGUAAGGCUGUCAGAUGCCUCAAGUGCAAAUACAAAUGGUUCUCGGCGUCUGACAAAUGCAAAGCAGAAAAUCACCCAAUCAAAGUUAUCAGUGCAGUAAAGCGAUUCUUCCAGUGUCAGAGUUGCAAAAAACGCACUGUUACACUGGAAAUAAUUCCAUUACAUAACUGUCGCAAUUGUGGGCAAGGCAAUUGGAUCAGGGCGCCUAUGAUGAAGGAGCGGCAAGCGAACAGCGUCACCCUGUCUAUAAGAGGAGGAGAACAAACCCAUACAAAUUCAAACGUAACUAAUGCAAAUUUGGAUUUGCUUAUCCCCGAUGACUCAUAAGAUGACCUUAUUUUUAAAGCUGUCUUUGUUUUUAAUGUUUGCGUUAAAUGUGAAAUUUUCUCCAAUGUAUUUAUGUAUAAAGUUCAAACCUUAAACUGUGAUAUAGGAGUACCAAUUCAAAUGAAUGUUCCUGUUGUCUCAAAUGGUACUUGUAGAUUUAAGAAAAAAUGUUAGACUUGAAUGUGAGGUAACAAACUUAACUACCGUAUUUCAUGAAAUUGGAUGACCAGUAUCUCAAGCAUUGCCCUAUAAUUGGUGUUUUGUUGACAGUUCAAACCUCUUAAUUGUUUAUAUUCAUUAGUAUAUAAGAUGUUUUGUGAAAUUUGGUUGCCGAUCUUUUUUGAUUGUUUUAAGCUUUUGUUGACAUAAUUUUAUGACAAUUUUGUCAUAACUAGUCAUCUUAUUAUGAUCUUAAAAUAUAGAUUUAUAACAUAUCCAGGACGUGUUACCAUGAGUAGUGACUAUUACUAAUAUUACUAUAAUUCUACUCAAUUACUUGUGGACCAAGAAUGUCCAUUGUGCAAACAUAGAUUCUCUUCCUGUAUUUUCCUACAUUUUUAUGUCUGUACUUGUAGGGUUAAACAACACUUUACUACUUCAUGAAUUUAUUUGAUUUUUUAUUGGACUUGUCACACUUGGUAUUUGUUGGACUCACUUUGGGUUAUAGGUUGUAGUAAUUGUACAACCUCAAAAUAUAACUUCGUCUACCCAUGAAUAGUAGUAAGUUAAGUGCCAGAAAAUCCAAUGUAAUGAAAGCUAAGUCAACUAAAAUGUGUGAGACACCAAAUUUGAACAAUGCUGAUGAAAAGCAAUUCAAUUAUUUUUUUACUGUAGUUAAUAAUAUUGUAUUUGUUGAACUAUGUAUUUAUUAUAGAGGUAUAAGGGUGGCGUUUGGAUCGAACGUCCCUAAUUCCUCAGAACUCGUUUCUAUGUAUUUUUUUCUACCAACAAACCAAAAAUUGGCUUUAUUCUGUUAAUAAUGUUAGUACAUAGUCGAGAAUGAAUGUUAAGAUCGGUUUGAGUCUUAAGUGUUGUAUCUGAAGAAAAUAGCAGUGCCGCAAAGGAUUAAAAUAUGAUUUUUGCUGUUAGAUUUAUUUCAAAGACCGAGUCUCAUAGUAUUGUCAGUUUUUGAAAUAUAUUAUUUUAAUGAUUUAAACUUAUUCAAACAAAGGUGUUUUACAUUUUAAAUGCUAAAAGUUGUAUUAGUUUCAUACUCACAUUGCUACUAAGUGAAGGUCUAAAACUUCCUCCACACGUUCACUGUGGAAUUAGUAGCAAUAAAAAGGUUUUUAAGGUUGGUGAUCCCCCCAAAGAUAUUAGUUUACUUUCUUUUUAAUGGAGAAUCCCAAAUUUCUAAUCUUACAAUAUAAUAUACAGGGUGGAAAAAGUCCCGGUACAGUUAAAUAUUUCAAAUCGUAAAAAAGAUAGAGCUACAACAAAACUUGGUAGAAAGUUACUUGGCAUUAAUUUCAUUUUAACACAUUAUUCAGUGGUACACUACCUCCUCAGGGGGCGGCUUACUAGGAGUUAGAAUAAAAUCUUCAAUUUAUGCAUAGGUUGAUUGAUAUCAUCAAAUGAAAGGCCUUUACCAGUAGAAUACAAUUCCGCAAAUUUGAACUUUAACGGAUAACUGAGUCAAAAAUGGCGGC